CCUCAGUCCUGCUGGGUCAUCUAUGAGCUGCCUGCGCUCUCUUUGGCUGUUCACGGCAUCGAUUGCGGAAGUCGUUUCAAUCUUUCCAGGUGAGUUGGCUGAUUGAAGACAGGCUCCUGUGGAUCCUGGCCAUGGAUGAAGAGUUUACGCCUUUGGACUGCCUGCUGCCCUCAGGCACGCAGAGGAUCUGUCUGAUUAUUCUGAACCAGCCUCUUGAUAAGGACUACCUGCACAUCCUCUGGAGUAAAGCUCUCUUGAGGGCUUGUGCUGAUGGAGCUGCCAAUCACCUUCAUAACAUCACUGCUGGAGUUAGAGACAGCUUUCUCCCCGACUAUAUCAGUGGGGAUUUUGAUUCCAUUACUGCCGAGGUCAAAGCAUUCUAUGCAGACAAGGGGUGCAAGCUAAUAGAAACAGCUGACCAGGAUCUAACUGAUUUCACCAAGUGCCUUGCAAUCAUGGUGGAGGAAGUUCAGAGACAACAGUUACAGGUGGAUGCCAUAGUGACGUUGGGCGGUCUGGCUGGCAGAUUUGACCAGAUCAUGGCAUCUGUUGAGACCCUCCACCACGCUCUCUCCAUGACACAACUCCCUCUGUUGAUUAUACAGGGGACAAGCCUAGUAUACCUACUCAAACCCCAGGGCAGACAUAAACUGGAGGUGAACACAGGCCUGGAGGGUGACUGGUGCAGCCUCAUUCCAGUAGGUGGACCCUGCCAAACAAGCACUUCUGGACUGAAAUGGAACCUGAAUAACCAGGUCCUGCAGUUUGGGAAGCUGGUAAGCACCUCCAACACCUAUGAACCUGUUGCCCCUGGAAAUCCCAGGACACCUGUAACCGUGACAACCGACCAGCCUUUGCUCUGGAGCAUGGGCAUUUAGAAGGAUGGGAAAUGACACAAGAAAUUGUUCUUAGGCAGUAUUUGACUAGUCAGAACAUGUAACUACUUUGCCAUUGCUGAGUUAUGGCAACAUCACUCAUGUCAUGUUUGUGCAGCAUGAACGUAGAAGGAAAAAAAACACUAUUACUUGUGGCCAAACACCUCACUGAAGCGUAUGA